GCGCGGACAUGAUUCUCCUAGUAUGUCUCGACUUAGCAUUAUAUUUGUAAGACUUACUCACGAGCUUUUAUUUCAAUUACAGGAUGGUAGCAACAGCCCAACUGGUACUAGGAAAACUCCAGUAUAGCUAUAUAAGCACUGAUCCCAUCCCUUUUCUGGACACACACAAUUCACUCCUGCUAUCAAUUCUCCAUGGAUAAACAGGACAAUGAUGUGGAAGCUGGAAUGCCUCUGCUGCGACCGUUGCACCAGGAACUGCACUGGGCAUUCAUCAGGAAAGUGUACGCGAUCCUUACUAUCCAGCUUCUUGCAACCAUUUUCUUUGCAUCCCUUGUAGUUUCUGUUCCUUCGGUCGGCACUUUCAUCAAAGACAGUUCAUUUGGUCUGGGCCUUUACAUUGCUGUCCUAGUGCUAGCUCUUAUUGUCGCGAUCUUUCUCUACUGUUUCCAGCAUUCGUACCCCGUGAACUUCAUCCUGCUGGGUAUCUUCACCCUGUGCUAUGGUUUCGUCAUCGGCAUGAUUGCUGCAUUCGCCAAUGGGAACUUGGUAAUCCAGUCGGCUUCGGUAACAAUUCUGGCGGUUUUCAGUCUCACAGCUUACACAAUCUGGGCAUCGAGGAGAGGUCAGGUCUUCAGCUUCCUCUUGCCCUUCUUGAUCACCAUUUUAGUCGUCGUCCCUGUUCUCGCCAUACUCCAGAUCUUCUUUCCCAUGGGGAAAGUAUUGGAUGUUAUCUACAGUGGAAUUCUUGUGCUAUUAUUUUGUGCAUUGAUCAUCUACCAUACCGCAGUCAUGAUCAAAAGCAACUCUUACGAUGAUUAUAUCUGGGCUUCAGUCUCUCUCUACUUAUCCAUCAUCAACCUCUUCCUGGAAGUUCUCUCAUUCAUUUUCACUCUCAAGAGCAAUUGACCCUCCCAGGGAUGAUAUCAAUGAAUGUGCAGUGAUUUUCCCUGCAGUUCGUGCGGUUCCAGCUUCGUUGGUGUUGUACGUGCGCUGAGCAGGUACAACUCUGCACUGCAUGCAAUUGAUGCCAUAAGAAAUGUGUGUUGUGGUUGCUUUUUGAAAAUUCUUGUACAUGGUAGCUCUUUUUCUUUUUGGCAUUGUUUUCAAGGAGUAAAAAAGAUUAAUUUUAUUUUAUUGUUCUUAUUAUUAGUAGGACUACUGUGGCUAUUCUUUU